AUGUCAAGCAAGAAACAGACGCCGAAGGGCGACAAAAAGAAGCGCAGAGCGAAGAGAAAAGAAAGCUUCAGCAUCUACAUUUACAAAGUACUGAAGCAGGUACACCCCGACACUGGAAUUUCCAGCAAGGCAAUGAGCAUCAUGAACUCGUUCGUCAACGAUGUAUUCGAAAGAAUUGCCAGCGAAUCGUCUCGAUUGGCACACUACAACAAACGCUCAACCAUCAGCAGUAGGGAAAUCCAGACUGCUGUCCGUUUGCUUCUGCCAGGCGAACUCGCGAAACACGCUGUUUCCGAGGGAACAAAAGCCGUCACCAAAUACACCAGCUCCAAGUAA